AUGGCCGUCCUGGCAUUCCAUGAUACCGCAAAAACGCUCGGCAUAAUCGUGCUGAGCAUGGUCACUCUGCCCUUGUCCUUCACAGUCACUACCCUGCUGUUUGUGGUCCAUCUCGUGAUCGGCUACUUAUCCCGUCACGCUUCUGAACAACAACACCCCCGAAAGACAAUCCUGGUCACGGGGGUGGGCAUGACAAAGGGUCUGACCCUAGCCCGCGCCUUCUACCACCAAGGCCACCGCGUCCUCGGCGCUGACUUUGAAGACGACUUGGUCCCCUCGUCCGGGCGCCAGUCGCGGAGUCUGUCAUCGUUCCACUCCCUACGCAAACCAAGCUCCAAAUCCUUGUCUUCAUCCUACACCAACCAGCUCGUCGACCUCGUCACGCGCGAGCGCGUCGACCUAUGGGUGUCCUGCUCCGGCGUCGCGACGGCCGCCGAAGAUGGCGCCGCCGCCGAACAGGUGGAGAAGUCGACGAGCUGCAGGUGCGUGCAGCUCACCGAAAAAGUCACCGUCAGGCUGCACGAGAAGAACAGCUUCAUCCGCGAGGCGGUGCGACUAGGUCUGCCCGUGCCCGAGACGCACGAGGUCGCCGCGCACCAGGACGUCCUGCGGGUUUUGGACCGUUCCGAAAAGGGACGACAGUUCAUCAUGAAGCCCGUCGGCAUGGACGAUGCGCAUCGCGGCGACAUGACGCUCCUCCCCUUGGUCACUGCUGCCGAGACAGAAAAGCACGUCCUGGGUCUGCCCAUCUCGAGCGCAAACCCCUGGAUCGUCCAGCAGUUCAUCCCCGGUGGUCGCGAAUACUGCACCCACGCGCUCGUCGUCAGAGGAGAAGUCAGGGUGUUUACGGCGUGUCCUAGCUCCGAGCUGCUGAUGCACUACAAGGCGUUGCCGGCCCACUCGCAGCUGUUUCGGGACAUGUUGCAGUUCACCAGGGACUUUUGUGCCAGGUCCGACGAGAGCAAGUCGAUGACGGGCCAUAUGAGCUUCGACUUUAUGGUCGAUGAGGAGGGUGCCAUUUACGCCAUCGAGUGCAAUCCACGGGUGCACACUGCUGUUGUGCUCUUCACGCAACCUGGAGAGGUGACGAGGGAUAUGGUGCAGGCUUAUCUGUCUGUUUUGUUGAUGGAUGAAAAGCCGCAAGCCGAUGGGUAUCAGGAGGGGGCCAAGGAAGUAAAUGGACAUGGCCAUGUCGCUGAAAUCGUGGUGCCACACUCUCAUAUCACCCCUCGAUACUGGAUCGGGCAUGACGUGGUAGAACUGGGACUGCUGCCUAUUGUCAAACUGGUGAGGGGAAACGCAGAGGAAGCCAAGGUAAAGGAAAGUAUGGCAGAGCUCUGGCUGCAUAUAAAGUCUUGGAAAGAAGGUUCGUUUGAGGCGUGGGACCCUUUGCCGAUAUUGAUGCUAUAUCAUGUCUACUGGCCCCUGGCUGUGGCAACAGCCUGGUGGCAGGGUCGUAGAUGGAGCAGACUCAACGUUAGUACCACCAAGAUGUUUAUGAUGUAG